AUGACCGAUAAUCCAAUCAUCCAAAUUUCCUCAUCGCCCGACGCUACAACCAUGGAUGUCCCGCCCUUGCUUCAGUCGCAGAAGUCGACGUCUGAAUCUACAACCGAUGCCUUCCCUAUCGAGAAGAAGAAGAGAAAGAGAUCGAGAAUAGCAGAGAAUAUGCCAGAGUCUUCAAAAGCUACCAAGAAGCGCAGAAUCAAGUUCCUCUCCGGCCUAAACAGCAAAUAUCAAAAGAAGGGUGGCCCAAAACCGAUAACUCCAACCCUUCUCGCAGCUGUACUCCAAUCCAAUAGGCCCACUCACCCGUUUGUGAAAACCUCAACGGCCUACAUCGACAGGAAGGCUACUACUCUAGCACUCAAGAAUUCCAAUACGUCUUCUGUCAAAGAUAGUGGAGAGGAAGAGCCUCUUGCUGCCGUUGAGGCUGAUGAUAGCGACUCAGAGGACAAUCCAAUGCUUAGUACAUCGCACAAGCAAAGCGUGUUCGCUGGCCAGACUUACGACAUUCCCGAAGAGCUCAUCGAGAAUAACAUCAAUUCUGACAUUAGCGCCCAAUCUGUCGAAAACCUUGAGCCAUCCCUUGGUGUGCCUGGAAAAGAGACUCUCGAAGAUGAUGAUCACUGCUACAUCUCCAAGGCCGCCUUCAACCUUUUGACGAGCCGCACCGUAACGCUCCAACACAUGACCAUGACGUUCAUCGACGCUGUGAAUGAGUUGGAGACUAAAACGAAGAUGGACGCGGGCAUCCGCGACGGCAUUCUUACCGAGGCCAAGUCUCUUCAAUUGGGCAUCAGAGCGGUCUCUAAUGCUGCAUUCGAGCUCCCGUACGCUCAUCGAACUGGUUACGCCACCAGGACAGCUGCUGAUAAGGCUGUGGCUAUUAUUGAGAAGUUCAAGGAGAGAAAGAGAAUUCAGGCUGCAUCCAAGGCCGCCGCCGCCGAGAUAACUGAGAUGGCAGACAACAACGGCUCCAAUGUUGAAGGCGGAGCUGAAGACAUUGACGUAGACAAUAUCGGAGAGCAGAUGACGGCCACAAUCGAGAACGCGGAAAUUGAGUCGGACUAA